GCGAGAACACGUCUGCGCGAGCUCACCGCAAGAAUAGUUACGUCACAUCGGCCCCAGCUUCUUCGUUCCAAAAUGGCGGAAGGUGGUCCCCCUGCUCCCGAUUUGGAGACUCAGCGUACUGAGAUAACAAAUUUCUUCAAGAAACCAUUGAAGAAGGACGACCUGUGGUACAUGGUUGACAAGAAGUGGUUCAACCAGUGGAAGAGGUAUGUCGGCUACGACUCGUGGGAGACGUCCAACGACAUCGGGGAACAGACCACGCACCCGGGGCCGAUUGACAAUUCGCCGCUGCUUAAAGAGGACAACAGUGGAGAAACCAAGGACCACCUGAUCGAUGACCUGGACUUCCUGCUGCUCCCGCAGGAGGCAUGGGACAAGAUGGUCGCCUGGUACGGCCUCAUGCCCGACCAGUCGCCCCUCCCGCGCAAGGUCAUCGAGAUUGGCCUGUUCGUCAAGAACUGCAAGGUGGAAGUGUAUCCAGUGGAAUUCAAAUUGUGCACAAAUUCGAACAUGGAUCAGUUCGUCACACGAAGGUUCAGCAAAGUGGACACCAUAGCCCAGGUGGAGAAGGACAUGCGCACCAUCUUCAAAGUGCCACCUGAGAAGGAGACGAGGCUGUGGAGCCGCUGCAGCAGCAACACAUACGAGCACUUGCCCGAUCGGUCACGCACAAUCCAGGACAUAGGGCUGUACCCUGGCCAGAUUCUCCUCCUGGAGGAACGGAAUGAUGAUGGCACAUGGCCAAGGCAAGUGAAAAGCAGCAAGUCCCCUUACACAAACAGCAGAGGAUCGGAACAUAAAACAUAUGGGGCACCAGGCAACACAAUUGCGACAAGGAGUUACAGUGCUGUAAGUAGCUCAUACAGCAGCUACAGCAGCAGUUACAACUAUGACCUCCAGGGGGGCAACACGCCAGGGCUCUGUGGUCUUGGUAACCUCGGCAACACCUGCUUCAUGAAUGCAGCCUUGCAGUGCAUGAGCAACACCCCCCCUCUCACCGAGUACUUCACGACGGACCGGUACCUGUCGGAGCUGAACGACAGCAACCCACUGGGCAUGCGAGGCGAGAUCGCCAAGUCCUAUGCCGAUCUCGUCAAGGUCAUGUGGUCUGGAAACUGUUCCAGUGUCAUACCCAGGCCCUUCAAGAUGGCGGUGGGCCGGUUCGCACCACAGUUCUCUGGCUUCCAGCAGCAGGACUGCCAGGAGCUGAUGGCCUUUCUUCUGGAUGGCCUUCAUGAAGACCUCAACAGGGUCAUCAACAAACCUUACAUUGAGCUCAAGGACAAUGAUGGACGGCCUGACGAGGUGGUGGCGCACGAGGCGUGGCAGAACUACCUGAUGCGCAACAACUCUAUAAUCGUGGACAUCUUUCACGGGCUGCUCAAGUCUACGCUGGUGUGCCCAGACUGCCACAAGCUGUCGGUGACGUUUGACCCCUUCUGCUACCUGUCCUUGCCCCUGCCUUACAAGAAGGAGAAGCCGCUUGAGCUGAUCCUCAUUCGGGCAGACCCCUUUGAAAAACCUAUCAAGAUAAAGGUGACUGUUUCAAAAAUGAGCACCAUCCAGGAUGUGUGCAACUCCAUAUCUCGGUUGAUGGACAUCCCAGCCGACAGGCUCGUGGUGACGGAAGUUCACAAACACCGGUUUCUCAGGGUGCUGACACACUCAGAUCAGGUGGACACUCUCGAACGGAGUGACGUGUUUGUGUAUGAGAUGCCGCAGCCAUUGGAUAACUCCACAUUGUUUUUGCCAGUCUAUAUGCGGGAAAAAAGCUCACAGUGCGAUACCAACAGCCGAGCAGUGCCAAGCUGCCACCUGUUCAGCUACCCGUUCUUCGUGUCUGUGCCUGCCAAGGACUGCACCUACGACAUGCUCUACGAGCGCAUCCUCAAGUGCCUCGUGAGGUACGUGACACCCCCGAAACCGGGUGACAAGUGGUGCGAGAGCGAAAGUAUGGAGGAACAGAAUGGAGAGGUUCAGAACGGCGAAGACGAGCUGUUUGCAGACGUGGAUGAGGAGAUGGCCAGCGAGACGGCUGCUGAGCCGCCGCCCAAGGAAUGCCCGAACAAGAAGCGGCGCCUGUUCACGCUGCACUGCAUCAACGAGAACAGCUCGCUCAACCUGGCCACCCUGGUGGACAACGGCCAGCCCCUGCAGCUGGCACCACGUACUUACCUGGGGGCCGACUGGCUGCCCAAGGUGCGCGCCCACUACUUCGACGAGACCAAAGCGGACGACGUGCUGAUCCACGAGUCUGUGCACCAGCGAGCGGUGAAACGACAGCUGCAGCUGCGCGAGUGUCUGGAGCUGUUCACAACGACCGAGAAGCUGGGUGCCGAGGACCCCUGGUUCUGCCCCACAUGCCGCAGUCAAAAGCAGGCCACCAAGAAGCUCGACCUGUGGAGCCUGCCCCGAGUGCUCAUCAUCCACCUCAAGCGCUUCUCCUACAACCGCUUUUGGCGCGACAAGAUCGACACCCACGUUGACUUCCCCAUCACUGAUCUGUGCAUGGAUGACUACAUAAUCAACCGGAAGCACGAGCGAGCUGUGUACGACCUCAUCGCAGUUGCCAACCACUACGGGGGCAUGGGAGGUGGCCACUACACUGCUUACGCCAAGAACAAGGAAACGCAGAAGUGGUACCACUUUGACGACUCGAGCAUUUCUUCAGCCACAGAGGACAAUGUUGUGUCCAAGGCAGCCUACGUGCUGUUCUAUGCCCGGCGUGACUCUGGAGAUCGGACGUCCCCCAAGAAGCAGAGCACCACAGCAGCGGCAACAAGCAGGCAGAGCUGCUCCACAACGGUCGACGAAGAGCGAAUGGACCUCAGUUAGGGCGCUGCCGAGACACGAGUGACAGCGGUGCCUCGAAAGGUGGCUGGUGGUGUUGGCGCUCGCCUUGUGAGAGAGACCAUGUGGUGCGCCACAGAUGGCAGACUGUUGCCGCUCGCUGCUUCUGCCGCUGGGCACAUCAGGGCAUCCGAGAAGGACGGGGGCGACAAAAUGUGGAACUUUGGGUCAACGCACGUGACGGCCUUACUGCUCGCUUGGUGCAAGUUCUUGGCCCUGGAAAGCGUGAAGCUGUGUGCCGGCAAGCCGUCCCGACCGAAAGGGGGAGAAGAGGGUUCGUGAUGCCGAUGUGGCAAAGGUUCACUACUGAGCCUCCUUUAGCUUUGUCGUCUCUUAACUUGCUGCUGCAUUCCUCACCUCCCAGUUGUUGUUUGUGUGAUUUUAUUCUUUUUCUUUGUUUUGUAGCUCCCCUAAAUGGAGCUAAAAAGCAGUGUGCACGCCUCAUACUUUUUUUUUAAAUCUUCCAAGUAUACCACUUCUGUGAUGCGACUUUGAGGCUGCUGUUAACGAAGCGGAGGUCAGUGUAGACUAGCUCUUAAUCAGUUCCAUGUACUAGGUUAUACAUAGUCAGUUAUGCUUUCGAGCCACAGAGAAAUUUCCAAUCCAGAUACAUUAGCAAAAUCUUUGCUGCUUUUCCAUGCUUUGCAUUACAGCAGUUUCACAAGAGUUAAUUUUUUCUUUUCUUAGUUUGCAUGAAAAAUUUUUAGUAGUUGGCUGAAGCCCCGUGACAAAUUUGCACUUGCCAAUCUACAGAAGCUAGCAAAUUGAAAAGAAGGCGAAAGAAGUCAUCUAUCUGAUGACUCGUACAGAGCUAUUUUUUUGCACAAGUGUGACUAGCUGAGCGAUUUGUGGUUUCCAGUUGUGUCAGACGUUUGCCACACUUCGUGACUGAAGUGUUCGUGCGAAUGUCAGCUGUUGCAGCAAGAGGGUGCAAGUGCAGAUCAGGAAGUGUGCAUGUGAGCUAAGCGGAUGGUGGCAUCCAGAACCCAAGGCAAUGCAAACUGCAUUGUUCAGAUUUAGAGGCUUCGGAAGUUCAUCAAAAUGAUGGAAGUCGUGCGAUCGGAAAGGUGUCCUGCAGAGACAGCUUGCAGGCACUGUUUGUGAGCUUUCUUCGGUUGUCUUCUUUUCCCCAGCAUGCUUGUAUUAACACCCUUGGUUGUGGGUGCGAGCGCAGUGUGCAUGAGAAGGCUGCUUUUUAAAAGGGAGAUGAUCUCGCACGAGUUGAUAAGCUGGUUGCUAUGGCAUGUUGUGAGCGAAGCAGCUUACAACAUCAGCGUCUCAGUGCCACUGUAUGUCUAUACCAACCGUUGCGUUGAGAGUGAUUUUUUAGGGUUAUUUUUGCUUUGACGAAUGGUGUAAUUUAUUUUUAGUCAUUUUGAUCAAUCGCUGAACAACCUGUGUGAUGGCUUGCAGGCUUUUGCGUCCUUUGUACAUGUUUUCUUGUUGAGUUGUAUAAAUUUCAAUGAGUACCUCCCCCCCCCCCCCUCCUUUUCUUCCUAAAUUUUUUUUCCUUUGUUUUCCUUAUUUUCCUUCUUAUUCCCAAAGACUGUUGCUGCAAAUGGCAGCAUGUUACUAGAGUGUCUGCGAGUUCUGGCCGUGAAUUUCGACAACGGAGCUAGAUAUUCGAAUGCUGGUCGAGAGAAUGUGAUGCUGUCAUUUUUACAUGAAAAAAUAAUAAAGAACCUUGCAGGCAUGA